AUGGGAAUUUCGAAUGUGAAUGGAACGGAGUUCAAGGAUACCCUGGCAGCAAGACAUCCAGUUUGGAAGCGAUGGGUUCGCUUCAGAGCAGAAGAUGGUAGAAUAUAUGGCGGUGAGCCGGUGAAUUUGGAUAUUGAUGUGGGCCAGGCCAUAGAAAAGAAUAUCGAAGUCUCGGUCAAAGUUGUGGCUGUUUCACAAAUCGAAGCUGGGACUGUUCGAUGCAUCGGCCUAAACUACAAGGAGCACGCAGCCGAGAUGAAGCUGACUCUUCCAAACACACCAACUGUAUUUUUAAAGGCUAGCACUUGCAUUGCAUCUGCAUCCGAACCCAUUAUACUUCCCUCCAACGUGGAUUAUGAUGAAGCAGAUUAUGAAGUUGAGUUGGCCAUAGUCAUCGGUAGACAAUGCAAGAAUGUUUCGGUGGCCGAAGCAGCCGACUACGUUCUGGGCUAUGCAGUCGCCAAUGACGUGACGGCCCGCAAACAUCAAGAGAAGACAUCACAGUGGUCUUAUGCAAAGGGAAUGGAUGGGUUUUGCCCACUCGGUCCAUGUAUCGUGUCUACAGAACAAAUCCCCAAUCCUGCAGUUUUGAAUUUAAAGACCCGUCUCAAUGGAAAGAUCAUGCAGAGCGGAGCCGCCGAUGACAUGAUAUUCAGCAUACCAGAAAUUGUGUCCUAUCUUUCCCAGGGCCACACAUUACUACCCGGGACCGUCAUCAUCACCGGAACGCCUUGUGGUAUUGGUAUCUCACAGAGCCCACCACAGUUCCUCCAGCCUGGAGAUGAGCUGCGGAUAAGCAUAAGUCAUGGGCUAGGCACUCAAAUAUGCCCGAUUGUGAGGGAUUGA